AUGAAUCGGCUUCCGCCAGAGCUCAUUGAUGCCAUCCUGCUGCAAUGCGUCGCAUCCGGUCCCAAGAACGCCAUUCUUGGCCUCCGCCUCGUGUGUCGAGCCUUCAACCGGAUCCUCAAACCCUUCGUCUGCCGUACUCUAGGGCUCGAGUUCUCUCGCCUUAGCAGGACCAGCCGCCAAACCCGGCCACAGAUCGAUGCUCUACAGACCAUUGGCUACCACUGCAAGAGCCUCUAUAUCGACCUGAUGGUUGUUCGGGACGAAAUGGAAGUCGAUUUCUUAAACACAGUCUUUGCUCGCGUGCCUUGGAUGGCCGAGUUCUGCCAGUCCCUCCAAAACCUCUACUGCAUGAGCGAGUCCUCCUUUACCGAGCAAGAAUACUACCAGACUGUCGAGGCCCUCUUUUUCAACUGCCGAGACGUUGACCGAAUGAGACUAAGUCUGCCUUUCCAAUUGGUAGGCCGUAACUGCAACGCUGCUACCAUUAUCCUCGCCAACACUUUCAAAGCACUGGCCUCACGCCCGGAAGAAGAUUCAGCAUCAAUGGAAGUUCUCGUGCUGGAAAACGUCACGGAUGUCGCCAUAUGCCACUUGUGGAUGAACCCUAGCGAUGUGAUGAAUAUCAUGACCACCGUAGCCGUACUCAAGCACCUGGUGAUUACCCUCCGCCGCCACGAGACAGAUCCGCCCCGAGUGAGCCUCUUUGGGUCGUGCUUUUGGAACAUCGUCGAGCACGCACAGCUCCUCGAAACAUUGUGCAUAGUAGGCAUGGAGCAUGACGAUAGACCACCCCGAGGACUGAAGCAGACCAAGUUCUAUCAUACACCCGUCGACGAGUGGAGAGCACGUGUGAUACCUCCUCCCCGGAUAAUGCUCGACAACUUGACAUGCCUUGAACUGAAGCGAGUAGAGAUUUCCCCAGAAGUGUUCAAGCGGUUUACAGAAGAGUUUGGAGCUCUGCUCGAAGAGCUAUAUCUCAAUGAAGUGUAUCUGAAGACGGAGCGGUCACGCGACUGGAACGAGGACUCUAAAAAGGUUCUGUGGGUUGGCAUCGCUAACCAGCGUCCCGAGGAAGACGAUUGUUGGAUAGCCAUGAUGCUGCGCUGCACCAUGCCUAAUCUGCGAAUUUGCCGAGCGUCGUUCCUGGGUUAUGAUCUCUACCUCAGAGAAGAUCUUAAUACUAGCCCGGAAUUCGACCUCAUCGACCCAUGUGGCCUUGCUCGCAGCUUAUCUCAGCGCUUCGUCGAAGUCGUCAUGGGUAUUCGCCAGCCUUGUACGCCAUCGGGCGAGCUCGUCGAGUACCUGCCGCAAGACUCCCGAGAAGACUACCUCCUCCAACGGCUCGGAGAACGACCUGGCUAUAUAGGCGUCACAGAUUAUGAUACCAAUGCGUACCAGACUGCUGUGGAAAACACCACGUCAGUAUGGCAAAAAAGCCUUGAUGGCGUCUUUACAAACUGCAACCCGAGCACCCUGGACGAACUGCAUCACAUUGCGGAGAUGGCGUGCCAAGGGAUGAAUGAGAUUCACAGGCGGCGCAAUGAGCACACAGAAGGAAAUAGCCUGGCAAGCGAGUAUACGCAAAAUCUCAUGACGGCAGAUGAUCCAUCCAACCAGAUACAAUUUUUGACUGACGAUUCAAUGACUGAGUAA